GUUAAGCGAGGCGGGCGGGUUACUAUAACGGAGGAGACGGGUAAGGACAGCUGUGUCAUGUGCGCAGCCCCCAGCCGAGCGGGGAGCGGCAGAUCGAGCGGGGAGCGCUACGUGCGGGUUUUUGAAGCAUGUGAUGAAGAUAAAAAAGGAUAUUUAAGCAGAGAGGACUUUAAGGUCGCUGUAGUGAUGCUAUUUGGUUACAAACCCUCAAAGAUGGAGGUGGAUUCAGUAAUGGCCUCAGUGCAACAAAAACAUUCAGGUAUAUUACUUGAAGAAUUUUUAAAACUUAUGAGUACAAAGAAGGCUGCACAACUACACCAUAGUGAAAUAAGGCAGAUAUUCACAGCUUUUGACAUGCAAUAUAGAGGAUUUUUGACUUUGGAAGAUUUCAAAAGAGCCUUCAAUUCCAUUGCUCCAAAAUUACCUGAAAGGAUCAUAGUUGAAGCUUUCAGGGAAGUCGAUCAGGAUUCUGAUGGUCAUGUCAGCUUCAAAGAAUUUGAAUCUGCAAUGAACUAUGGACAAAAUGAAGUAUCACAACUGCACUUUGCCUAAAGUGUAUUUUCUGGUGAAAAGAUAAGCUAUUUAAAAAUCAAUGAAACUUCAGUUGUUUCAGGUAGCACUCUUACUAUGAAUGCAGCUCUGAAGAACUGCUCUUGAAGCUCUACAGUUGUCAGUUAGGGUGUAUUCAUUUAUGUGUGUGUGUGUAAUACUGAAAAUAUUUGAAAUCUAAAUUGAUCCACAAUUUAUCCUUUGUGGGAACUUCAAUUAUGAACUUUUUCUGUUUGGCUCAAUAGAUGAAAAGAGAGGGACUGGUUUCCAGAUACUCAGUAUUUUAUUUGUUGACUUUUUCAGCAGUAUUUCACUAACGAGCCAAAAUGUCUCAGAUACCUUUAUAGAGAGGCUACCUGAGACUGAAUGGAUUAAACCUUUUGUGGCUGAUAAAACUUUUUUUUAAACCAUCAGUAUGUUUAUUUUCCAUAUAAACACCUUGUCCUUUUUCUUAUAAUAUCACACAUUGUUUCAAUUGCAAGGUCAUUUAUUGGUUGGACAACUCUGUGAUUUAUUUCCAAAGCAUUGCACUGUUAAAAAAAAUAAGAAUUGGAUAAUAUGAAGUGUUUAAUAAUAAUAAAACAGUAAGAUAAACUUUC